CCCAAAUUCACACCAACCGACGCGCGCGGUGGUGGCCGAGGAAGAGACGCCCUUCCCUUUCUUCCUCCCUCACCGCCGACCCGCCGCGCGAGCGAUGCCACCGACCGCCGUGAGCCCGGCAAGCCCAGUGCCGGCAGGCCCGAGCCCGGCCCACCCGUCCCGCGUGCGGGUGAUCCACCCUGGGGGCGGCGGCGGCGGGCCGGUGGUGUACUGGAUGCUGCGGGACCAGCGGCUCGCCGACAACUGGGCGCUCCUCCACGCGGCCGGCCUCGCCGCCGCCGCCGAGUCCCCACUCGCCAUCGCGUUCGCGCUGUUCCCCAAGCCCUUCCUCCUCUCCGCGCGGCGCCGCCAGCUCGGGUUCCUCCUCCGCGGCCUCCGCCGCCUCGCCUCCUCCGCCGCCGCCCGCCGCCUCCCCUUCUUCCUCCUCACCGGUGGGCCCGCGGAAAUCCCGGCGCUGGUGCGGCGGCUGGGUGCGUCGACGCUGGUGACUGACUUCUCGCCGCUCCGGCCGGUGAGGGAGGCGCUCGACGCGGUGGUCGGCGACCUGCGGCAGGACGCGCCCGGCGUGGCCGUGCACCAGGUGGACGCGCACAACGUGGUGCCUGUGUGGGCGGCAUCGGGGAAGCUGGAGUACUCGGCCAAGACCUUCAGAAGCAAGGUGAGCAAGGUGAUGGAGGAGUACAUGGUGGAGUUCCCUGAAUUGCCUGCGGUGGCACCAUGGGACAGGGAGCAGCCGGAGGCCGUCGACUGGGACGCACUCAUUGAAAGGGUUUGCAGUGAGGCAGAGAAUGUGCCGGAGAUUGACUGGUGUGAGCCUGGGGAGGAGGCAGCCAUGGAGGCGCUUCUCGGGAGCAAGGACGGUUUUUUGACCAUGAGGAUCAAGAGCUACGAAACUGACCGGAACGAUCCGACGAAGCCACGGGCAUUGUCUGAUCUUUCUCCAUACCUUCAUUUUGGGCACAUCUCGGUGCAGCGGUGUGCCCUUGAGGCAAAGAAGCGCCGACAUCUUAGUCCCAAGUCUGUCGAUGCAUUCUUGGAGGAGUUGGUAGUGAGGAGGGAAUUGGCUGACAACUUUUGCUAUUACCAACCUCAAUAUGAUUCGCUGUCUGGUGCUUGGGACUGGGCUAGGAAGACACUGAUGGAUCAUGCUGCUGAUAAAAGAGAGCACAGCUAUACGAGGGAACAGCUUGAGAAUGCAAAAACACAUGAUCCUUUGUGGAAUGCAUCGCAAUUGGAGAUGGUAUACCAUGGAAAAAUGCAUGGAUUCAUGAGAAUGUACUGGGCCAAAAAGAUUCUAGAAUGGACUAGUGGGCCUGAAGAAGCCCUUUCAAUAGCAAUUUAUUUAAAUGACAAGUAUGAGAUAGAUGGCAGGGACCCCAGUGGAUAUGUCGGCUGUAUGUGGUCCAUAUGUGGCCUCCAUGAUCAGGGUUGGAAGGAGCGUCCAGUAUUUGGAAAGAUACGUUACAUGAAUUACGCGGGCUGCAAGAGAAAGUUUGACGUUGACGCUUACAUUUCUUAUGUCAAAAGAUUGUCUGCUCAAUCCAAGAAGAGGAACGCUGAGGCGUCACUGAAUUGUGUUGUCAAGCAUUCGAAGUCUCAUAACUAAAUCAAAGUACGAAUAGGAUGAACAUUUUAUUUGUGUGGUAUACUGCCAUGAGCUCGGAAAAUAGAACUAUGCUAACUGGAGAUAGAUCAUGUAGGGUUUACACUUCAUGAUAAUCGUGUAACUUCUAAUCAUUCAAAAUUUGCUAGCAUUUUUAAGACAAUCUAAAUACCAGUUGAAUUCAAGUGACAGAUUGAUCGUUAACACUUGAACAAAAAGUAUUGUGACUGCCUGAUAAAUGGUUUAGCAAAUUUCAGUGAAGCUCAAUCUAACCAGUUUCUGAUUUUCCAUGAUACAGCCAAAUGAGCUCAACUUAUUGUUUGUAAUAUUCUUAUGUUCCGUCUUGUUGUACCUUUUUAUUUCCUAUGAUCGAAAUGGGUUUGUAUGGCGAACAUUGAGGCCAAAAGUGCUCAUAAUCGUGAUGAAAACAUGUUUGAAGGCAACCCAUUUCUAGGCUCACUUUCUUAAUUUC